CCGACCGUCGAGCUUGAUCUCGCGCCCGAACAGUGAAACAGCCAGUCAGCCGCUGCAGCCGCAGGAAAACAAUACUUGCUGGUCGGUGUGGAUGCGAAUCACGCGGCGUCGCGUUGACGUGCUGACAAUGCCGUCAUUGUGAUUGCGAUCGGUUUUUGUGUCUGUUGUUGUUCCCCCCGCCGGUGGAGAAAAGCCCUUUCGCCUCCGCCACUUUUUUGUGUUAAUCUCGGUGGUGGAGGACACGCAAAGGUCGUAAUGUAAUUUGGUGAAGUAGUUAGUGUUGGUUGUGAAUGUGCCUGAAAAUAGGACCGGUGAAAAACAGACAUGGUAUUUGUGACGUCAUGAGAUCACCACUGAUUGGAAUACUGCCAUGGAUAAAGUUCACCCUGCUCGCCGGCCUCGUCUCUUCCGCAAUAGGCCAGGCAGAAUCAAAAUCGCACACGCGCCAUCCGCACACAGGUACCGCACAUCAUCGCACGAUCCGAGCUGAUACCAGAACCAAUCUGAGCUACGAAUCUAGGACCGGAUCGCCUGAGUCGGAUUAUGUCCAGAUGUACUCGAAACAGAACACCAAACUGAUGCUCGAGUGCUCGGUCAACAUCAACUUCAGCACCAGCAUCUGGCUUAAGGAUGGCCAAAUCGUCCAGACCAUUUUGAAGGACACCAACUCGAGGGUGACCGGCCACAGGUUCUUGAUGGACGCCAGUGGCAAUUUAUACAUUGACAACGUCAGAUUGGAGGACGACGGCAAGUGGCAAUGCGAAGCUGAAGAUGCCUUCGGCUUCGUUGUCACCGGAAAACCCAUCCAACUCACUAUUUUAGAUGCCCCGAAAAAGGUCUAUUUAAUGAUCGACAACAGAAUUUUAGACCCAGGUAAUCCGUUCAUUCCCGUAAAAGAAAACGCCGACCUAACAGUGUCCUGUGUCGUGGACGACGGAAAUCCGAAACCGUCUUUAACUUGGAACCUUACCUUGGGUUCUUUGGCUCUUUUGGACGCACCCGAAGUACCGCUGGAGGUACUGAAUCUCACGGAAACAGUUCGAGAUCAAAAAGUGGGAGCCAGGAACGAUGCACGACUCGGAAGAGUUUUGAGGGCGCAUCACAACGCCACCUUGACCUGCUUCGUCAACCACACCGCCCUCGAUCAACCACUGAAAGUGUCCGUUCUCUUAAACGUUCAAUACACGCCUUCGUUCGCGAUAUCCAGAGAGCCGGGUUUCGGUUUUCCGAUCCGCGAAGGAAUGCCGGUGUCUCUGAAGUGCGAUGUGGACGCGAACCCGAAGGCUCUUCCCGUCUGGCAGAAGGACGACUCGAGCCCGCCCGUCCAACAAACCCCUGACGGCUUCUUGAAUUUCACCGAGAUCCGGCGGGAGCACAGCGGAUGGUACAAGUGCAUCGCCCGCCAUCGAUUGGGACGGUUCUCCAGCAUCGGAUACUUCCUGAACGUCAGAUAUGACAUGGAAGUGACCCAGGAGCCAGAUUUCGACAUCGGAGAGCUCAGUUCGACCGGACGCCAACUGGAGGUGUCUUUGGGAGGAGCCGUCCAACUGGCCUGUCCCCCAGGAACGACCGGCUGCUGGACGAGGGUGGAGCCGGGCUCCGGUCGUCUCGAUCCCAUGGGAGCGUCGCAGGAACUCCGACUGGACAACGUACUCUAUCAGGAGGCUGGCGAGUACAGGUGCGUCGCCCCGACCAGGGACUCCACCAGGAGACUCGACUCCAUCAGGAACGCUUUGACACUGCACGUCAUUGUCGCCGGGAAGCCCAUGGUGACGCCGCCCACAAAUAAGAGUGUAACAGCAGUUUACGGACAACCGUUGACCUUAAGCAUGGAAUUCUGCGCGAAUCCGCCCUACAGCAAGGUAUUCUGGAUCGCCAAGGACAAGAAGGUCUAUCUACCCGGAGACGCCGAUAAGAAUGCCAUCGCUUACGGCAUCACCAACGCCACGGACCCCAAUUGCCACAACUCCGUCUUGUUCCUGACGAAGGUGACCAACGACGACAUCGGAGAGUACACGUUUCUGGUUCGUUCGUCGAACGGCAUCGCCGAGGGCAACUUCCACGUGAACAUGACCUACGCCAGCGGCUACAACGUCCAGGACGUGAAGUCGGGCGAAAAACGGACCACCUUAGCCGCGAUUUACAUAAAUGUGAUUGUUUUAAUACUACUAUUAAUAAUAAAUUGUUACUACUGACUGAAUUAGAAUAUUUACCGAGACACACCACGUAAAUGGCAUUUUACGAAAACGACUGAUCCGCCAAACAUUUCAUUCAGAUGAUGAACCAAUUGCAUUAUUCUUUUUGAUGAGAAAUUUGUUCGCCGGAAAACUGUGGCUACAGUUAAAAGACUUGUUUUUGUUGAUUGUUUAGAUCCAAAAAGUAAUUUGUCAAUUAGUUAUGUCUUGAUGGUGGUUUGGUAGACAGUCGAAAAGUGAAUGCUCAAAGUAAAAAAUUAUAAUAAUGUAUACCCCAGCAAGGUCCAAUGAACGCGUCGGACUCCACACAAGAAUUUUGGUGCGCUUUUUGGACUUGCACACUUAUGAGAGUAAAAUUUUAAAUGUAUAGUUUUUUAUUGUUUUUGCAACAAAAAAAAUGUGUAUAAAUUUGUUAAUAGGCAGCGCUUGAAUGUAAAAAACAACAUAAAUGUAAGGAAUAUACGAUAAUAAAAAUAUACGUCCAAGUGUU